CGAGCAUCGGCUGCAAGAGCAUUUUUGAAUUUCACUCCGCAAAAGAACGUAUGGAAAUGUCGAAACGCAGCUUCCAGAAAUCACUCAAUUGUUAGGAAAUCUCGAACGUAGUCGUGGUUGUGGUAGUUGAUAGCUUCGUCCGAGAAUAAAAAUUCGUUUUCUUUUUUGAUUCGUGUUUUCUUCUCUUCGACGAGGUUCGUUUUGGUUUAUUAUAUCAGUACUAGUCUGCUAUUUUCCUCUAGAAAUGGUUGCAGCCUUCGAUGCUGGUCGCGGUCGGCGACAGUUUUCGCUUGGGGGUGGUGCAGGCGGCUACCGAGGCGAGAAAUCCAAAAGUGAUGCAACAAUGUUGGACCAUUUCCGAGAUCAGGAGCGGCAGAUCGAGUCGCUGAUUCAAAGCAAUCAGACAAUGGCCAGAAAGGUGCGAAGCAGCUACUUAAGCUAAAAAGUAACAGCAAAAUUCAGCGGAUUUUUGAAGCUUUAAGUGCUUCUUUUGGCUAUUCCAUCAGAGGGCGCUGAAUAUACAAAUACAGCGUUUUAUUUUGAUUUUUUAUCAUAUGUGGUGCUCGUCGUGUGCGCUACCAUAGUUUGUUUUUAUUUCUUGCCAGGUAAGCGCAUACCGGGUCCGUGCCAACACAGCAGAGAACGAGGUCUCCGCAUUGCAGACAUUGAAUGCGGAGUUGCUAACGCGUGCGAUGGACAUGCCUCGCCCAAAGUCGCGGGCGUUAUCUUCCAGACCUGGGUCCCGCGCAAGCAGUCGCGUGAAGGGCACCAUGACUGCUACCCAUUCUCUUCGAGCACAUAUUCUAGAGUUGCAGGUACUCACACAGGGUCGUAAUCGGCAUGCGAAGUCUCUAUAGAACAGUAAAAAUGCCGGCGCUCGCGCUUUAUUUUUUCGCUCUCAUGUUUCACUUUCAUCUUCAUGUUCAUCUUCAUGUUGAUGUUUGUAUUGCGAUUUCUGCAGAGGAACGAAGUGGCCCACCUAGUGAUUUCCCUCUGUAUCACUGUCUAUGCAGAGAAGAUUGAGAUGAUCCUCCUCGGUCGUGACCCCAACCUUAUGCAGCUGCAUCACCGAAGAUUGAUAUGUUUUCUACUAUUAAAAUUAUCAGGACCAGGCUCGGUCUCAGGGGGUGCUGCCGCCGGUCCUAGAGCCGAAUGCUUUCCCGGAGCGGCCUCGAUCUCGGGCGUCGCAUUCUCGAGGCGGCGGUGGAGGACUUGGAUCGUUUGUCAGACCAGGCAACGUGGUGCCUCGGGAAAGGUACUUUCUCGGGGACGAGACCCAAUUUCGCCAGGUCGAGGACGCCUUGUGGAAUAUGCUAGUGGUCAAGGUCGUUUUUCGUCCCUUCUUGCCCCUCAUUUGUACAUGAACAACGUGUUCGUCCAUACCAACGCAAACGCCAACACGCCUCAUCAAGAAGUACUAGCCACCUCCUGCCUAAUAAACCUAAGCGAGCACCAUAAUCCGAAUUGUAGUUGUGCUGUGCUACAACUUUAGGAAAGAAAAGUAUCCACAUCGUGACGCAAAGGCAACGCUUUUUAUGAGUGCAACUAGCGAAAGUGAAGAUAGAACGCAUAUUAAAUAAUGGCAGCGCAGCCACAGUACGAUGACGAUCUAUGUAUAGGGACUCGGAACAGUGUCACACUGUCAGUGUGGUCGGUCCUUUGCACUACAAGUGAGGGCGGCAAGUAGAGGAUUCUGGAAGUUGUUCCCUAUCAUACGGACCCUGCACGCCCGCAGUCGCAUGGUCGAGGAAGAUCGGAUCGGACAUCUGAUACGCGCCCUGGAAAACUUGGAGCACGAGGCGCUGUCUCUGCGAAAGCAGCUUAAACACAGCUCCUCGCUUGGCGCCGAGGUAGUUCCUUUUCUCUCGACGCCAGCGGGAGCACCGGGAACAAGUGCGGCGGAAAACAACAGCCAACACGCUGGCCGAGUGGCGAAGGAAGCAGGACCACAAGAUGAAGACAUGGGAUCACCACCACUGCCCUUCGCAUCUACCUACGUAGAUGAUGAUGAUAACGAAACGAAAGACCAGGCUGCUCCGGGUUCAUCUCUUGACGCAGGUGAUGUAGUCGACGGCGACACUCCUGCAACCGCAGCUGCUGCACGGAGGAAAAAUAGCAAUCCGGCCAUCAGUGCCGGUGUAGAAGUCGAACCAGCAGCAUCUUUAGAGCUAGAACAAAAGGAAUCUAUGUCGAUGCCAGUCCUUGAAGCGGCAGCACAUAGUGCGGGUCCUGCUCCUGCACUCGUCGUGACGGGUGCAAACGAAAGUGGAGCUGCACAGCAGCAAGAGGCCGCCCCUGACGGGGGAGGGGGUGAGUCUAUUGACGCGCCUCCGGCAGGAGGUGGGACAAAUGUUACCAGCUGCAUGGACAUGGAGGUGACUACGGGGACGCCAAACUCGGCAGUCGACGUCCUAUCUUGAAAUAUAAAUGUGUAUGGUGAGUAACAUACUACAGGCGCCGAUAUGUGCUCCGUCUCGAGUUGUAAAUCAAUGUACUUACUUACAACGACCCAGUAACAACAAGUUUCACUACUUCGCCGUACGAUAUAAUGUAUUUUUAUGACCAAGAAGAAAGAAAACACCGGCUCCCCCGGUAUUCGUAUUUGUAAAAUAAAAGCCUCCGCCCGGAAUUUUUUUUGGUGCAAAAAAUGACGAUAGUGAAAUUAUUACGGCACGGAAGAUUUUGUGCGUCUGUAACUGUAGAGGAGCAGCAAUUAUUGCGCGACUGACGGAACCACCACGAUGGGGAAGGGGAUAGCUGAAUCGCUGGUCGGGCGCAUUGUUCAAUCAUAUUACACACACACGCGCAGGCGCACACACACGUGAGCGAAUACGACCUGCAGGAAUGCCAAUUUCGCACCUAGUGAUUUCAAGGGAAAAUUUACUACGACAUGCGCGUAGUCGUUCAAAAAAUUUAGGCGUCGGGCGAC